UAAUACAGAUUUUACGUGUAUGUAUUUCUUACUUGCUCAUCUUUUUAUUACUAUGUGUAAAGAAAAAUUCAAUAGGUAGGUAAUGUAAAUGGGUAAACUUCAGCAAAUAAUUUUUUGCACCUAGUUAAAGUGAUUCUCGACCAACCAAGUACCAAAACCAGUGUGACUGGAGGUGUCUUGGGACACGAUAUAUAUAUGUUGAAAAAAAUUAAAUAUAACUGGACAAAUAACACCAAAGGAUCUUCUGCGAUAACACUAAAUGGAAAAGGGUUUCCUUUGGAAGACAUGGGGAUUUUUUAUAACCUAAAAUACGGUACAUUUAGAAACGCUUUAAAAAAACGAGAUGGUUUGGCUAAAGUUAUAUUUCCUAUCGAAGUCGUAAGUCGCAUUACUAUUUUAAUGCCAUCAGUGAUGGGAUCAUCGUCAUUAUUUGACAGAAAAUUAUAUUUUUACUGCUCAAAACCAAACCCACGCUACGACAAAUUUGGUCGAGUAUUAAGACGAAUACGACGAGCUCGUUCAUCUGCAAAAACUAUUCUUCAAACACCAAUCAUGUUUUUAGCAGGGGAUGCGGUUAUCCCGAAAGACACAGUUUAUUACGCAUAUCCAGGGUCAUAUUUGAAUGAAAAUACAGGCAAAAGAUAUUACUGCGCAACCGUCAUAGUUAUCAUGUAUGAUCCUCCACUGUGUAUAUCGAAGAAACAGUUUGAAGGGACAUUCGGAUCGCUGAAAAAUGCAGCAGGGCGGCCAUUGACUAAUAAAGCAUCACAAUUUCCUGCAAGAAUGCCAAUCGUGCAAUCAAGAGGAGUGUUGAAUUAUAAUACACCGUAAGAAGUUUCCACUGUCCUGGUUGAAUAAAGUUAUUAGUGCUAUUAGAUAUUUAAUGGAAAACAGGUAAAACAAAUCUGAUAAAAGUUCCAAAAUGACUCAAAACCGCCAACAAUCGAUUCGGUAGAUGAGGAGGCCAAAAUAGAACACAUAGACUAAUCAUCAUCUUUUUACCUCAAUUUCAACUCCUGUCGAUCUUUUCAUGGAAAAUAUGCCAUAGGUAGGUUACCUAUAAAUUUUCAAACAAAUUCAUCAAAAUUCGAAAAAUAAAAUUCAGUAUUGGAAAUUUGGCUUCAUAAAAGUAGUUUUCAAUUUUCAUGUCUAGAUUUAGAGAACCUAUUCUAGAGUUGUAUGUACAUUCUGCAUAUUUUGUAGUUUACUAUAAACUUAAUGAAAAUAUUAUUCUUUGAAUGGCAAAAUUUUCAUUCACAUUGAAUAAUUUAUAGAUAGGUACUUAAGUAUGUACCUACCUGUAACCGGAAACAUAAACCUUUCACCAUUUAACAACAGUUGGUACCUACCUAUGCCUUGCUGUCUACACUCAGCAUGUUUUGUGUUCUUACAAUAUGUAGGUACUAACAAAUUUUUAUAUGUAAGUUCUAAACCUCAUAUAUAAGCUGUUAAUAAUUUUUGCGAGAAAAUAUAGACUUCUCGCCUUACUUUUUUUCCCCUUUAAAGACAAAGUUGGAAGUUUUGAAGUUUGAAAAUGUCAAACAUUUUUGAGUGGGUUGUCUUCUAUCGCACAUCAUUUUGUAUUUCCGAUUGUAACUUACUUAUCUAAACUGAACUUUUCGAUAGUUAGGUAUAGGUACACUAUCUACUCAAAAAUUACGGCGUUAACCUUCUGUACAUAUCUAUCUUGAUGAAAUUUUAUGGAUAUUUGAAAGAGAUAAUUUCAAGGGCAAUGUCCAAAGGCAAAUGCCCUGUAUUCAGCUGUUCUAGGUUCAGUUUUUUUUACAAUAUUAAAAUUUGUUUGCUGUAAUAGAUAAUUUUUGAAAAGUACCCAAGGUGUCCUAUCUUUCGAGUCAUUGCUUUGGAAUCGAGCCUCGACACAGAACGUGAAGGGCUCUCGGUCUUACAAAUACAAGGAAAAAAUCAAUAAUAAAAGUAAGCAGUCAAGUGUUUUUUUCUCAAUAAAUUCUGCAAUUUUUGUUUUAAAAUUAACUAGGUACCGAGAUAGGUACGCUUCUCUGAAGUUGACUUUACUCCACAUUACCCCAGCUCCUCCACUCUACAAAGUUGUUUUGAAAUAUUCCACUGCUUGAAAAUAAUACAUAUGUACAAAUAAGUAGGUACCUAGUACCUACCUAUUCUAAAAAGGCUCUACCAGUUCUCAUCCUGAAUAUUUGGAUUAGCUGGUGGUGGACAAAACUAUGUAUUUAUAAAUGAGCAUUGAAUUAUUUUCUGAAUUGAGAUAUUUUUGAAGAAGAAGUUGAGGUGAUGAAUUGGAGGUUUAAAUGUUAUGGAAACGGAACAAAAAAAAACACUGCGACGGAACAAACAAAAUAAAACAACGAACAUUUUUUUUCUGUUCUUUGUCGCGAAUCCUUUUAAAAACUGCGAUGACGAAUUUUUCAUGUUUUUAAAAAAGGUCAAAUACCUACUCGACUAUCUCAAAUAUGACCGGAAGUUCACAACAAUAUCAGUAUAUCACGUAUAGUUGGAACACCCUGUGUAAAAAUUCAAACUAAAUCGUGGUAGGCGUGCUGGGCUUCAAGUAUCAUGUGAUUUUCCACGUAAAAUAUCAAACAAAUAUAGAUGGAAAAUUUUUGUUUCAGCUGGUCAUAAAUAAUUUUUUAUCACAUCUUAUAAAACCUGUCAUGUUUUUCAAAACGGUACAGAUAGGUUCAUUUUCUUUUGCAGUAUGUACCUAUAUGAUUUGAAGAGGGGCUGUCUACAUUGUUUUUACAAUUCAGCAAAAAUAUUCACAAAAGAAAGUGUUUGAUGUAUUCAACUGAAUGGAGCACAAAUGUUAUUUUUUAAUAGCAAAAGCUCUAUUUUUAAAUAAUUUUGGUAAAAUUUCAUAAAAAUUGGGAGAUACUCGUACCAUAAUAAAUACUGAAAUGCAUUUUCCAAGUGUAUUUUUUCUACAAUUAUGUGUAUUGAUUGGGGCCAGUAAUCUUCCAUCAGCUUAUUCGAAGUCUAAAUCAGAUAAUUCCCAAUUAUUUCUGGGUAAAUAUCCAAUUCCAAAGAAAACACCGGAUCCCAUAAACAUUAAUACGAAGAACAUUAAAAAAUUUGACAAUCUGAGCAAUAGCACACUUACAAUUCAUGGAUACAUAAAUACCAGAGUGAAAGUAAUUAAUACUGGAAAAUUAGUUAAAGUGAUCCUGAACCAACCAAGUACCAAAACUAGUGUCACCGGAGGAGUUUUAGGAAAUGAUAGAUAUCAGCUCAAAAAAAUUAAAUAUUACUGGACCAACAAUACAAAAGGAACGGCUGCAACAACAAUCGAUGGAAAAGGAUUCCCCUUGGAAGAUAUGGGGAUAUUUUUUAACCAGAAAUAUGGCACAUUUAAAAAUGCCUUGAAUUAUCGAGAUGGUCUGGCCGAAGUUAUAUUCCCCAUCGAAGUCUGCUCAAAACCGAAUCUAUACUAUAAAAAAUUUGUCAAAAAAUUAAAACGAAUACGACAAGCUGGUUCAUUUGCAAAAACCACACUGCAAAAAGCAAUCCAGUUUUUAGCUGGAGAUGGAGUUAUUUCAAGAAAUACGAUUUACUAUGCAUAUCCAGGGUCAUACCGGGAUGAGAACACCGGAAAAAUAUAUUAUUGCGCUACUGUCAUAAUUAUUACGUAUGACCCUCCAUUAUGCAUAUCAAAAAAACAGUUCAAACGGACGUUUGGAUCAUUCAAAAAUGCCGCAGGUCAACCGCUCACUAAUACAGCAUCGCAGUUUCCUGCAAAAAUGCCUAUCGUGCAGGCAAUAGGAGUAUCAAAUUAUAAUUAUCCAUAAGAAACAUUCAUGAGUGUCUAUUGGGCGAUCCUGUCAUCAUUUCAUUCAAUCAAAACGGCACUUUGUAUGGAUCUAGAUCUACACACCUACCUACCUAUCUAGUUUUCAGCUCAAUGUAAAUUUCAUCAAAUGAUAGUUUGCGAAUUUAAAAAAAUAUAUAUUUCUAGUUUUUUUUUUCAUUCUU